AACACUGACUCUCAAUCCACGUCCACGCGACCCGGCUUGAUUCUACCUCAUCCCAGCUUCUCGACCCCCGCGCGCCCCGUGAUCGAGAUCACGUACCGGCCCCGACCCCGAAACCCUUGCUCGAAAAGCCUGGCGGCGUAGAACUAGAAGAGUUAGCUGUUGUCCAAGAUGGGUGGUCGCAAGGUGAUGGUUCAGCCCAUCAACAUCCUUUUCUCGUUCUUGCAAAAGCACCAGCGCGUGUCUAUCUGGCUGUUUGACAACACCGAGUUCCGCAUCGACGCCUACAUCAUUGGCUUUGACGAGUUCAUGAACGUCGUGUUGGACGAGGCUGUCGAGGUGUACGACUGCUCGGCCAAGCCUGGAAAGGAGGUCAAGCCUCCUAGGGAUUUGGGACGCAUCCUCCUCAAGGGAGACAACAUCACCCUCGUCCAGCCCGUCCAGGCAUGAGGCACGAGUGGUUGUACCAACGACGCGCAGCGAGAGUGAGACGUGCCGCCCGUGACGCCUGGCUGGACCGAAUCCUGCCUGCGGGGAUCAGCAGCAAGGCCGGCGGCAACGACGACGAUGACCAGAGGUAGACAACACCCCCCAACGGGCCACAGUAUGCAUGGCUCGUGAGCAUAUGACA